UGUUAAUCUCAGUAUUGUUGUAAUUGUCAUUAUUACAAAUAAAGAAAUAAAAUAGUUCGAUUUAAUCGGUGUUGGCUUUUUUUGGUCCUCCAAUAAUUGGUAUCGGUGUUGAAAAAUCAUAAUCGGUCGACCUUUAGUACCUGCUUCUAUAAACCAAUGAGGAGAUGGGAGAGGCAGGACUUGGAUCUGUGUCACAAAUAGAACUGACUUCUAUUUUAGCCCUUGGCAACGCAGACGCUUGUUUGCGCUCGCGCAAUAAUUGAAUAAUAUAGAUUUCGAAAUGUAUUUUGCAACGCUCGCGCACGCGAUGUAGUCAGGGUAUUAGUGACCCCAAACUUUAAACGGUAGUGUAUAUGCUAGGCCUGCGUGUGCACUAGGAUAGGUCCCACAUUUAGUAACUACAGGCUCUUUUUGUCUGCCUGUAUGUUGACCAGAAUUAGAAGCCUCUUACUGUGAAAAACCCUGAACUCUAGCUGGGUAUGUGACUUGCACUUCUCUGUGAGAGACUACUGCUUAGUUGAAGUGUAAACUUUUAGGUCUGAAUGAGUAACAUAGCGAAGUCACAAAGCCAUGUUGUUCAGAAUCUGUGAAAGCUGAGGAUCUAGAGACCUAGGUUGUAAAGGAACUUUCUGUCAGAUUUCCCAAGACCCCACCUCCCUUGUCUCGUUUGUACACUACAACCCCUUACCAGCAUACUGUUCAAGAAAGGGAAGAAGAACACAUUGUGAAAUAUUUAUUCUCUGUUCUGAUUGCUUGGCUUAAGUUUGAGAGGGGGUAAGGGUAUGUCCCAGAUGGCACCUUAUUCACUACAUAGCACACUACUUUUAGAGAUCUGGUCAAAAGUAGUGCACUAUGUAGGCAAUAGGGUGCUAUUUGGGAUCCAGGCAGAGAAAGACUGUUUUGAUGAAUAAGGUUGAUAAUGCGGGCCAGGGAAAGUGAAGGAAGGCACUGAAGCAUUGUGCUUGUAACAUGCACUCUGCAGGAUGCACUGCACAGCCAUGGGAAUGAGGAAAGGAGCAUCAGACAGUGAUGAUUCGCAUACAAACCUUCCACUGCUAAUUAUUAACCAGGAGGCAGCCUUGUUUAUCAUAGGUCUACCUCUCUCUUUUCUGUAUUAGGCUAUAAUGAGUAGCCUAUGUCCCAACAUUAGGCUCUAACUGGUUUGGUGAGAACAAUAGGCAAGAAAUAGGCCUACAAGUGCAAAAUUGCAAAUGUUGUGUUGAUUGCAAUGUAUAGAUACAACCUGUGAGAACAAGUUAAUCAUAUUUAGGCAGUAGAUUGAAGAAAACCAUUUGUUUGUGGUUAAAUACCAAUUGGACAAGAAAUCAAAAUCUAAGUUCAUUAGUCGCAUACACAGAUUUGCAGAUGUUAUUGCAGGUGCCGUGAAAUGCUUGUAAUCAAUUUUAAUUGAUACCAUUUGAUGGUGUGUGCAGCGCAUCCUCAUUCGCUAUGAGCAAAUACAAAGGUUAGGCCUAUUUGUUUAACAGCGUCUUUAUGCAUUGCUAGUUAGUGUUAUGUAUGUGGACUACCUUAAAGUUAACUCUAAAUAUUUGAAAUAAUGUUUUGUUAGCAAUGAAAUAGAAAAAUGCAGAGCACUUGACCCCCUGACUUCUGCCACUCUCUUGACCCAAAUGGGUCAAGUGUCCUCUCUACUGUCAAUUUUUCUCCAUCGCUAACAGUACUACAGAACAAUAAAAAAUAAUUGUAAUACUUGUGUAUUGUUGGGAAGUGUUUCCAAAAUACAUUUGAACACCAGAUUUGACAUCCUAACCCUACAAUAAGUACCCAGUUGCAUCAUUUUGUUUACUUGUCUUCCUGCUCUGCUAUUCCAGAGAAGACUGCACUGUUAAAUGAUGGUACAUUGUGUCCAAUUAUAUUGAUGCACGUGUGAGGAGGCCAGUUGGCUUUGACUUGACUUGUCCUAGAUCAUUCCACAGAGGGCCGUGUGUCUGGCUUUUCACUCCUCCCUUGUACUUGUUUGAUGAAUUAAGGUAGCUGAUUAGCAAGCAAUUCCCCUCAUCUGUUUUUUUAUUCUUAUUCUUAUUUGAACGAGAAACAAAAACCAGCAGACGUUUAUGCCCUCCAUGGAAUGAGUUUGACACCCCUGAGAUGAUUGUGUGGCUGGAAGGUAGACGUGAAGUUAAGAGAAAAGAUAACAAGGAAAACAAUAUAAAACACGUUCGUGCUGCCUGAUAUUCAGAAGGAUGUUUGGGCCGGAGCACUAGAUUUCUGUCAGGAUUUUUAAAGCUAUGUUCAAAUCCUUCGUGUUAUGUCUGAUCUUGGACUACGUCCCCAUCCCUCCUUUCUGUUUUGAUGGAGGCACCUGUCAUUUGGGCUGAAUAUUAAGAUUGUGUGUAUCUGAAGCAGAGCCAGCCAUUACCCCCAUGGAGUUGCCAGAGGCUGUUGUCUUGUGUCCGAAAUAGUGCUGCUCUAUUCCCAGCCCCCACCUGCACUAUCAUGCACUAUGGAUAUGGCUGCAGGAUAAAGCCGGCGCUAAAAGCAUUCCUCGCCAUUCUCUCUUGUUAUAUAUUCGGACAGUGUAGUUUCUAUUUUUAGCCAGUGCCAGGUUUAGCCUUUUUCCACACUCGCCGUGAAGGUCGUGUGGGGCUUUUGGCGGUACUGCCGGUGACAGGCAGGGGUUAAGCAGGUGAGGGCCGCUAGGCAGUGGGUCUUGUAGACGGGGGGACAAGGUGUCAAGUCAUUGUUCCAGACCUGAGGUCACAACAGCUCUAGAAAUAGGCCGUCUCAAAUGCCACCUAUUCCCUAAAUCAACUAGAUUAGUCUGUUGACAACCCCUGCCUUAUAUAGUGCACUACUUUUGACCAGUGUCUGUAGGUAUAGGGUGGCAUUUGGGACAUAGUCAGACAGGCCCCUGGUUGCUGGUAGGCUCCAAGAUUCUCUGGGGCCAUGAUUUUGAAUUUGUAGAGUUGAUUUUCUUGGACAUUGUUUUGAAGUUGUGUAGUGAUUUUAUAUACAGUAUUUGUCAACAUUUUGUUACUCAUUCAAGUUUUUCAAUUUUUUAUUUUCUACAUUGUAGAAUAAUAGUGAAGACAUCAACUAUGAAAUAACAUAUUGAAUCAUGUAGUAACCAAAAAAGUAUUUUAUAUUUGAGAUUCUUCAAAGUAGCCAUCCUUUACCUUGAUGACAGCUUUGCACACUCUUGGCAUUCUCUCAACCUGCUUCAUGAGGAAUGCUUUUCCAACCGUCUUGAAGGGGUUCCCACAUAUGCUGAGCACUUGUUGGCUACUUUUACUUCACUCUGCGGUCCAAUUCAUCCCAAACCAUCUCAAUUGGGUUGAGGUCGGGUGAUUGUGGAGGCCAGGUAGUCUGAUGCAGCACUUGAAUCACUCUCCUUCUUGGUCAAAUAGCCCUUACAUAGCCUGGAGGUGUGUUUCAGGUCAUUGUCCUGUUAAACUGUUAAAAAAAAAAAAAAAAAACGAUUGUCCCACUAAGCACAAACCAGAUGGGAUGGCGUAUCACUGCAGAAUAAUGUGGUAGCCAUGCUGGUUAAGUGUGCCUUGAAUUCGAAAUAAAUCCCUGACAGUGUCACCAGCAAAGCACCAUCACACCUCCUACUCCAUGCUUCACAGUGGGAACCACACAUGCAGAGAUCAUCCGUUAACAUAAUCUGCGUCUCACAAAGACACAGCGGUUGGAGCCAAAAAUCUCAAAUUUGGACGCAUCAGACCAAAGGACAGGUUUCCACCGGUCUAAUGUCCAUUAAUCGUGUUUCUUGGCCCAUGCAAGUCUCUUCUUCUUUAUUGGUGUCCUUUUAGUAGUGGUUUCUUUGCAGCAAUUUGACCAGUCCUGAUUGUCUCUGAACAGUGGCUGUUGAGAUGUCUGUUACUUGAACUCAGUGACACAUUUAUUUGGGCUGCAAUUUCUGAAGCUGGUAACUCUAAUGAACUUAUCCUCUGCAGCAGAGGUAACUCUGGGUCUUCCUUUCCUGUGGCGGUGCUCAUGAGAGCCAGUUUCAUCGUAGAGCUGGAUGGUUUUUGUGACUGCACUUGAAGAAAUGUUCAAAGUUCUUGACCUUCAUGUCUUAAAGUAAUGUGGACUGUCGUUUCACUUUGCUUAUUUGAGCUGUUCCUGCUAUAAUAUGGACUUGGUCUUUUACCAAAUAGGGCUAUUUUCUGUAUACCAACCCUACCUUGUCACAACACAACUGAUUGGCUCAAACGCAUUAAGAAGGAAAGAAAUUCCAAAUGUACUUUUAACAAGACACACCUGUUAAUUGAAAUGCAUUCCAGGUGACAUGAAGCUGGUUGAGAGAAUGCCAAGUGUGUGCAAAGCUGUCAAGGUGAAGGGUAGCUACUUUGAAGAAUCUCAAAUAGAAAAUGUAAUUUAAUUUGUUUAACACAUUUUUUGGUUACUAUAUGAUUCCAUAUGUGUUGUCUCAGAUUUGAUGUCUUCACUAUUAUUCUACAAUUUAGAUAAUGGUAAAAAUGAAGAAAAACACUUGAAUUAGUAGGCGUGUCCAAACUUUGACUAGUACUGUAUAUUUUUGCAAGUAAACUAGUUUUAUUGUAGAUCUGUGCUUAUUUCAAGGAUGGCAACUUCCUGGUUUUAGGUGUAUCAAUUUUGUUCAAUCGGCAUGAAAGUUGAGAACUGUCUAAAGCACAAGUGUAUUACCCAGUGCAUACUAACAUCACCCUGUUGUUGGACAGGUAAACCUCUAGACAGUUGUGACUGCGGAGAUGUCCAAGGCUCCAGAUUCCCCUGCACGGUCCCGCUCCAGAUCAAAGUCCAGAUCCAGGUCUUACACUCGGUCUCGCUCGAGAAGCCGCUCCAGAUCCAGGAAGCACCGCUACAGUUCCAGGUCUCGCUCCCGCUCCAGAUCUCACUCUCCGUCCCACGGCAGGAACUAUCCCACCAGAGACUAUCAGAACAACCAGGGUUACCAGGGUUACCAGAGAGGCUACAACCGCGGCUUCCGCAGACCCUUCUACUUCCGCGGUAGAACCCGGGGCUUCUACCCUCGCCGUGGUUACCAGAGAGGAGGGAACAGCUAUGGCUACAGAGCCAACAACUGGCGGGGGGGUGGCCACCGGGACGGGCCACACCGCGACCAGGAUCACCACGGUCCGCAUAGCCCCAGGAGAGGCCGCUCCCGCACUCCUAGGAAACGCUCGGGCAGCCGCAGCCACUCGCGGUCUCGAUACUCUGACCGCUCGUCCUCCAGGGGUUCUCGGUGGUCUCGGGGGCGCCACAGCUCGUCUCGCUCCCGCUCCUCAUCCCCGCGGCAACGCCGCAGCAGCCCUAGCUCGGGGAAGCCCGGCUCCAAGGAUGUAAAGGACAGGCCUACGCCAGCAGAGGCCAAGGGGGAGAGCGGAGGAGGGGCUGGGGAGCAGGAAGAAGGACAGGGGGGAGAGGCCAGUAGUCAUGAUAAGGAUUCUGCUGGGAAAUGGCAGGGUCUGAGUGACUAUGACACCAGCCCCAAACGCAGCAGUCCUGCUGUUGGUGCCAACCAGGGAAAAUCAGAACCCAAAGGGCCGUUGUGGAGAACUAUCGGCAGCACUAGCAGUGCUCCCUCCACCAACAGCCCACCGGGCUCCACCAAGGCCGGGCCAACCGCCUCCUUCAGCGGGUUUGGCUUCCUUGGCAAGGAGGAUCCCACCAGGGCAGACGAUAAGAGUGCCAUUUCCUCUGCUUUCAAAAAGUUCUUGGCAGAAAACAAGAGCAAAAAGCAGCAGGCGGUGGCAGAGUGGGAGAAUGGCCGGGACAGGGACCAAAGCACCACGGACGGAGACGGCAGAGAGAAAGGCAAGAGCAGGACUAGCAGUGGCCUCUUAAACAUAACAGCAGGUUCCUUCAGCUCCAAGGCCGAUAAGUCCCUGCCCUUCCUGGACAAAGCUGAAGAGGCCUUCCUCAAGUCUCAGGCUGCAGGGAGAGAGAGGGAGAGGGAGGCAGAAGAGGAGGCCAAGCCCAAAGGAGCCACCCUGACAACACGGGACGUGUUUGGGAAAUGGGAAGACGAGCCCCAUUACUACCCCCCAGGGAAGGACGAGGAGAGACUGAGAGACACGGCCGAAGAUGUGGUGGAAGACCUGGAGCACAUGGAGGAGGAGCUCUACCGCAGCCGCAAGCAGGCCUCCAAGAAAGAAGAGAAGUCCAAGAAGAAGGAGAAGAAAGACAAGGAUAAGAGCAGUACGUCCCCAGCCAUAGCAACCGUGGCCCUUAGGGGUUCAGGUAGCAGGGAGAAGGACAGGCCCCUGGCCCUAUUCCCCAUCUCUAGGGUGGAGUCACCCCUACCCAGGCCCUCUGGAAAGAGGGAUGACUUUGAGCUUAGUAUCAACUCUUUUGACAAGAUGCCCAGCUCCUCAUCUGGAGGUCUGACCAAGGAGCGUGGUAUGUCCAGGGAUCUGGUGCAUCCCACUAAGAAAGAUCACGGAGAGUUCCGUUCCAUCUUCCAGCAUAUUCAGGCAGCUCAGCUCAGACGCAGCCCCUCGGAGCUUUUUGCUCAGCACAUUGUCACCAUUGUGCACUACAUCAAAGCCCAACAUUUCAGCUCUUCAGGCAUGACUUUAAGUGAGCGAUUUGCCAUGUACCAAAGAAAAGCCGCUGAGAUGGAAUUGAUGAAGCCAAGGAAGAGUCCAGAAAUCCAUAGGAGAAUCGAUGUCUCCCCCAGUGCGUUUAAGAGACACUCUCACCUGCUAGAUGAGCUGGAGGACUGCAGCUACAAGGAUCAGGGUAAAAAACCUAAAGGUGACCCAAUGGACCUGCGUCUGGAUAUAGAGCGCCGUAAAAGGUUUUCUGGGAAGGAGCCUGGGCAGCAUAAACGGGACGGGGGCAAGGGCUCCGGAGGCUCCCGAGGACCCAGCCAAGAGAGGUCCUCAGAGAGAUCCGCCAAACACCACAAAAAAUCCAAAAAAAACAAGAAGAAGCGUGAUCGCUCUCCAUCCUCCUCCUCUUCCUCCUCCUCUCCCUCUCCCUUCAGAGGAGGGUUCAGAGGUAAAGACCACAUGAUGGGGGAGGAGAUGGAGCACAUGGACCAGGGCUACAAUAAACCUCGCUUCGGGCCCCGGGACUACGGAGGCCCCAUGGAUAGGGGUCUCUCCCGGGAUUAUGAGGGCCAUAUGGAGAGGGGUCCCCCCCGGGAUUACGAGGGCCACAUGGAUAGGGGCCGAGGACGUGGAGGAGGAUUUCUCCCCAGAGUGAGAGGAGGUGGAAGGGGCUGGAACAGGGGCAAUUACCAAGGAAACAACAACAGCAACCCCCCUCCUAAUAUGAGCAACGCCCCCCCAGAGCGCCCGCCAGACGAGGAGUGGGACCCAGAGUACACUCCUAAGAGUAGGAAAUAUUACUUUCAUGAUGACCGAGAGGGAGAGAAGACGUGGCUGGAGAGCCGCGGCCGAGGGGCCUUCCCCCGCAGCAGGGGACGCUUCAUCUACCGCAAGGGCGGCAGCAGCCCCAACAAGUGGACUCAUGACAAGUUCCAGGGGGAUGGGGAGGAGGGGGGCGAGCAUGGGGAGGAGCACCACACAGAGAUGGACCAUAAAGACAACAUCCAGUCCGGAGACCCCUCAGCUUCCAAGCUGUAGUAGACCCUCCUCUUCCUUCCUCCAGAGCUUUCUGAUCAUCUGUUUGAGGUCAUCUGAUUAUCUGCCGUCAUCUCUGUGUAAGCUUGAAGAGUCUAAACUCUGGCUACCUGCCCUGCACCUAGUCAGUCACAGCAUCAGAAUGUACACGGUUGUUUUCCUAUCGUUGACUCAAGCCACUUUCAGUAAGGGUUAUAUGGGAAAAAAUGUUUAAUUUAACUUGAAUGAAGGGGCAAGCUACUUUUUAAUUUUAAAAAAUUACGACCAGUAAUUUGUAUUUGUUUCUGGGUGUUUGAUAUGUAAAGAUGUGCUUUGUUUGUCUUUUUAUCUGUAUUUGCUUGUUUGUUACGAACAAUAGCAGACUGGUUUCCGAUCAUCUCCUGUGGGAUAUACUACAAACAGGAUAAAGGAGUUGGUAAGCUAACUUGCCUACAGUAAAUAUUAUGAAAUAAGAAAGUUAUUUAUUUUUGCAGUCAAUUAGACCAUGCUCAGAUUGAAAUAGGCAUGGUCUAAUUGACUCAACAACCAAAAAUGCAUUUGUAAGUUUAGCUUUCUUAAUGAACCAGAAUAUCUGUAGUUAUUUCUGGUUGGCUAACUCAUUGACCUUGCUUCGUAGUACACCCCUCUGGGUCCUCUGAAAUGGUUACGUUAUUGUAGCUACGUUGAUUUAAAGCAAAGUAACUUUCCUCAAGACAUAAAAAUGACAAAUGGAUUUGUGCCUUAAAAUUGAUAUUCAUAGUGAUAUGUAUUGCUCUUAUACUUUCAUCGUACAGCUUUUCUGCUGUACUAGCUAAAGCAAGCCUUUAGCUAAACAGUUGUUUUGGGCAGUGCUAGGUUUUUGAUGGUGUUUUGCAUGACACUUUGGUCUCAUGGGGUGGUACGGUUAGAGUCCAAUCUCUACUGUGGGUACUGGGCUCAUACUAGAACUGGGCGAUGUGGACAAAAAUCCAUAUCACGAUAAAUUGCCUGAAUUGAUGCAAGAACGAUACAUUUCUAACAAUUAACACAGUUAAUUAUUUUUUUUAAAUGAUACUUUCAACUACUACUAGUUUGAUGGUUGUAGCCAUCAAUUAUCCAAUUAACAAUCACCCAUAUUAGCAAACUUUAUUUAAAGGUUCACAUUUCCCUACUAUAGGCUACUUAUCGUAUUGAACGAUAUCAGCAAAAUACCUGCGAUUUAAAUUUCGGUUUAUCGUCCCAGCUAUUGCUCACAUACCAGUAUGUCCUGCCACGUUGAGAAUUCUCCAUCCUACAUAAGCAUUCUCAUUACCACCAAUACUUCUGGUCUUCUACUUUUUGGGGAGUUGAGCUUGUUUCUGUGUGGUUUGUUCCCAUUGAUACUUCCUGUUUUUAAGCAUCAAGAGGACUUUCACUGUGUAAAAUGAGAAAGGUCUGCUACAAAAAAAUAUUUUGUUUCACAGCUGACAAAUAGCAGGUGUAUGUUCGUGCCUGUGUCAUAUAAUUUUAGGUAAAUCACCUAUUUAGAUUUUUUUAAUGAAUAUAAUUAUAGGAAAAAUAAGUAGUUAUGUAACAAACAAAAUGAUUGAUAUUGAGGCCUUUUAUAUUGGGAGUUUAAAUGUUUUAAAUAUACUGAACAAAAAUAUAAACGCAACAUGUAAUGUGUUGGUCCCAUGUUUCAUGAGCUGAAAUAAAAGAUCACAAUUUUCCAUACGUACAAAAGCUUAUUUCUCUCAUUUUGUGCAUAAAUGUAUUUACAACCCUGUUAGUCAACAUUGGUCCUUUGCCAAGAUAAUCCAUCCACCUGACAUGUGUGACAUAUCAAGAAGCUGAUUAAACAGCAUGAUCAUUACACAGGUGCCCCUUGUGCUGUGGACUAUAAAAGGUCACAACAUGUCUCAAGUUUUGAGGGAGUGUACAAUUGUCAUGCUGACUGCAGGAAUGUCCACCAGAGCUGUUGCCAGUGAAUGUAAUGUUCAUUUCUCUACCAUAAGCCGCUCCAACGUCGUUUUACAGAAUUUGCCAGUACGUCCAACAGGCCUCACAACAGCAGACCACGUGUAACCAUGCCAACCCAGGACCUCCACAUCUGGUUUCUUCACCUGCGGGAUCAUCUGAGACCAGCCACCUGGAAAGCUGAAGAAACUGAGGAGUAGUUCUGUCUGUAAUGAAGCCAUUUUGUGGGGAAAGACUCAGUCUGAUUGGCUGGGCCUGGUUCCCCAGUGGGUGGGCCUAAGCCCACCUAUGGCUGCGCACCUGCCCAGCCAUGUGAAAUACAUAGAUUAGGGCUCAAUGAAAUGAUUUCAAUUGACUGAUUUCCUUAUGAACUGAAUCUCAGUAAAAUAAGUGAAAUUGUUGCGUUUUUAUAUUUUUGUUCGGUCUAGAAUAGCAGUUUGUGGGCUUCAUUUUCGUUCUUCUGUAAUGUUCUACAUCAAAAGGUAAACUUAUACUAUUGAGGUUAUGGCACAAGAUGACAUAAGUAUAACUUUUCCCUGUAUGUGGCAAAUAAAUACUGUCAAACUAUACUUGUUGGUGGAGCACGAAUACAGGUGAGUAGAUGUCGAGGAGCAGGUUUAGUCAGCAACAGUGCAAGACUGCUGCUUUGUGCAGUCUACCCCUAGACUACAUUGUGUCCAUACUGUAUGUGUUGAGCAUACUGUAACUGUAGGACUCUAUUCUUUGUUUUUACGCUCAUACUCGAAACAGAAGCUGACAUCUUUUCUACUGUUCUCUCUGAAAUUUUAAGUACUUGUCAUUAAUUUUCUAUAAAUAUUUUCUCUGGUUCACUUGAA